UUGAAUUUCAAUUCCUAAACUUUCACAAAGAGAUACAUCAAUAUAUCAUCCAAGAAAUUCUAUCUCAACAUGACGAUCAUAGAGAUGAGAGUACAUAUGGAUUGCCCCGGAUGUGAAAACAAAGUGAAAAGUGCACUACAAAAACUUAAAGGGGUGGAUGGCAUUGAAAUAGACAUGACCUUGCAAAAAGUGACUGUGAAUGGCUAUGCUGACCAGAAGAAGGUUCUGAAAACGGUUCGAAAAACUGGGCGCAGGGCUGAGCUUUGGCAACUUCCUUACACAACAGAGUCUCAGAACCAAUAUUUUCAACAGCACCAUUGCAAUGGUCCUAUCAACUUUCAUGCUUCACAACCUUCUUCAUCUUAUAACUAUUACAAGCAUGGUUAUGAUAGCAGUGAUCCUCGCUUUUAUAACUACCCCUCACAAUCCUCCAUCUUUGGCCACCAAACUGGUGCUACCUUUAGUGAUGACAAUCCUCACGCUUGUGCUAUUAUGUAACCAUAUCAUGGUAACACCACUCAAAACAUAUUUGUAUUCUUUUUAAAUAUAAAGUAUAUCAAGUAUU